AUGAGCUCCCCCGAUGAGGCCGAGGGAUCUGUUUCGAGCGCGGGGUUCGCCCCAGAGUGCGCGGAGAGGGUCGGCACACUGGGCUUUGCUUUGGGGACCGCACAGAGCAGCGAGGGCGAGUUCCCAGCCCCCGAGCGCUUGGAAACCAACCAGGGUGUGAUGGAAGCGGGAGGGCGGGUGCCUCGGGGCUGCGAAGGCCUACCUAGCUCCCCGGCCAACUUUGAGGGAGCCACUCCGACCUACUUUGGCAGUAGGGGCGCAGUGGCCAUCCCGCAGGCGCUGACCGACCGAGAUGGCCUGGGUGUCCACAGAAACCCCUCCCCAGAGAGCUGUGACAGAGAAGUGUCCACCGUUUGGCUGGACGCAGAGCCAGGUCCCAGUGGUAGAAGCGUGAGGGCCCACGGCUGGGUGGGGUCGAAGCUGGCUUCCAGCGCCCCGUUCCACCGCAGAGGGUCUAAGGGAGGCCAAGCCUGGGGAAGCCUGAGGAAAGGUGCUAGGUAUAGGCCAAAAGUUCCUGUGGGUCGCCAGCAGCCCUCCGGGGAAGGCCUGGUCAGCUCGCCGUGGUCCGACUCUGAGUCAUCGGAUGAGUUCAGUGAGAUACAGCUAAUCAGGGUGAGCAUUUGUCCGAAAGGAGGAGGCCAGGCCAAACCCAGCAGCCCCAAGGACGCACCCAGGCACUCGAGAGCCCAGGCCAGGGAGAAAUUACUUCCCGCGCCAGGCCCUUGCCUGUCCUUCACUCCCCGACGACUCACUUCUGGUGCGGAAAAGCAGGCUGUUGGAGAUGCGGAAAGGUCCUCGAAGAAACCACAAAGUGUGACCUGGGGGAAGGCUGGGGGCAGGCCCAGCUGCCUGCCCUUAGUUGCUGCUGCAGGCAGCCUAGCCAAGGCCACUCCUAGAAGGAAAGAGGCCCAGGAGAUGACAUCUCAAGGAGGGGCCUCCGAAGUUGCCCCGGGGAGUUUAUUUCCUCCCUGGGGGCAGAGAGGCUCAGCAGCUCCCUUGGAUCCAGCCACCUUCCCCCCGAUCUCUGGUGUUCCGCUUCUUGGGAGGGCCAAGAGGCGGACCUCGGUCCCUUUUGGAACCAGAGAGACCAAGCUCACUGGUGCUGGGCAGAAGUCUGUGGCCGGGAGGAGGAGGGUGUCCAAGCCGGUGGCGGGAGAAGGAGAAGAUAAGGAACCAAACAGAGACCCGUUCCCAGAGAGCCAGUCUCCGACGCAGGGGCAGAGACCAUCGUUUCCUGACACUGGCGCCGAGAACAGCAGCAACACCCAGGAUCCGGCACAAUCUGAACCCCUGGCCCUGAGCCAGGGAGAAGUCCUGCCCAGUGGGCCCGCACCAUCCAGUGACCAGGCACCUCCCGAAGACCCGGCAAGACCAGAAGGGCUUCAGCAACCACAGCAACAGCAACCACCUGGAGCAGGGGGUUGUCCUCGGUGCCCCGAGCUUCAGAGAGAAAUACGCGACCUGAGACAACAACUUGCGGCCGUGCGGUCCCUGGCUGACACGUUCCGGAGACUUUAA